AUGGCGAGGCACAUACGUGCUGAUGAUCCCAUCAUGCUGCGGUCUGAAAAUCAGAAGAACACGCAAGAGAUCCGCGAGGGCAGGCGCAAUCCGAACCAUGGCAUGACGCGAACUUCGAAGGGAAGCACGACUGACGAAAAGAAACAAACACGAGAUGAUGUACAUAACGAACUACGAUGCAUCCACACGCAGAAAGAUAACGAUCCUGCAGAUAUCGAUCGUCUGCUCUUUCUAACCAAAAGAAAAAGUGCAUGCGCCGCUAAACGAACCAGAAAGAUCGACACCCACGUGCAGCAGAAGGAAGCGACCGUCCCAUCCUCUCUGAUCCAGAAAAAUGAUUCAUGCAAGGACCAAGGCGUGGAACAGGCAGUCGAUCACUUCACCGUGACUUGUUUGGAUGUCCCGAGAAUUGAUAAAGCACAUCAACCACGAAACGACCAACUUCGAACAAAGAAGAAAGGCUGA